UGAAGAUUUAACAAAAAAAAGAAAGAAAAAUCAUAUAUAAUUUUAAUGAAAGAUAAAUCAAUAAAGGCAGAGAGGAAUAGCAAGUAAAAGAAGUCUUCUCUUCAUUCCCGGAAACUUCUCAUUUUUGACUUCCUCCAUCUUUGCUCUCUACCAACCAACAACCCUAACCCUAAUCCAUCCUCCCGGCGCAAUGUCCCACCUCGACGAUCUCCCUUCCACUCCCGGCAAGUACAAAACCGACAAAGCCCUCCCUUACGGCAUCCUCCACCACCACCGCUACCUCCGCCUCUCCAAACCCACCCUCUGGGCUUCCCUCUUCCUCGCUCUCUUCCUCUUCUACCUCCUCCUAUCCCCUCCCCCGACCCCUUCCCGCCGCAACCUCAACGACUCACCAUCCUCCCUCUCCGCUAAAUACGGCGGCUCUCAGUGGGAGAAACAAGUCCGCAAAUCCGCUCACCCCAGGUCUCCCGGCGGCUUAACCGUUCUUGUCACCGGAGCCGCCGGAUUCGUCGGCACACACGUCUCGAUCGCGCUGCGGCGACGCGGCGACGGGGUUUUAGGUCUCGACAAUUUCAACAAAUACUACGAUCCGAAGCUGAAGCGAGCGAGGCAGGGGCUUCUGGAGAGAUCGGGAGUCUUCGUCGUCGAGGGAGACAUAAACGACGCAGUUUUGCUCAAGAAGCUCUUCGACGUCGUUUUAUUCACGCACGUGAUGCAUCUCGCCGCACAAGCCGGCGUCCGUUACGCGAUGCAGAACCCUGGAUCGUAUGUGAACAGUAACAUCGCUGGGUUCGUUAAUCUGUUAGAAGUCUCGAAGUCGGCGAAUCCUCAGCCUGCGGUUGUUUGGGCCUCUUCUAGCUCUGUCUAUGGUCUAAAUACGAAAGUGCCCUUCUCGGAGAAAGACCGUACGGAUCACCCCGCGAGCUUAUACGCAGCGACGAAGAAGGCAGGUGAAGGGAUAGCUCACACUUAUAACCAUAUCUACGGUUUAUCGUUAACCGGUUUGAGGUUUUUCACGGUUUAUGGUCCUUGGGGGAGACCAGACAUGGCUUACUUCUUCUUCACUAAAGAUAUACUCAAAGGGAAGACGAUUACGGUGUUUGAGUCUCCUGAUAAAGGUAGUGUUGCUAGGGACUUCACUUACAUUGAUGAUAUUGUGAAAGGGUGUUUAGGUGCGUUGGAUACUGCUGAGAAGAGUACUGGUAGUGGUGGGAAGAAGAAAGGUCCUGCUAUGUUUAGGAUUUACAAUCUGGGGAAUACUUCUCCUGUUCCUGUUACUAAGCUUGUGAAGAUAUUGGAGAAGCUGUUGAAGAUGAAGGCGAAGAAGAAGGUUAUGCCUUUGCCUAGGAAUGGGGAUGUUGAGUUCACUCAUGCUAAUAUCACGUUGGCGCAGAGUGAGAUUGGGUAUAAACCUGCUGUUGAUCUUGAGACGGGUUUGAAGAAGUUUGUGAAAUGGUAUAUGGGUUUUUACUCCAAGAAGAAGAGCUCUUGGUGAGCUCUCUCAGUUUCUCUCUACUCAGUUUAUGGUUGAACUUCGAGCACUUGCAUCGAUGAGGAAGAUUGGCUAUCUCAACAUAAAAGCUACCUACGUAUCUGCAUUGUUUCUGUGUUGCUAGAUUUUUUUUUUUUUUUUUUUCAUUUGUUUGCUAGUAGAUUUUGAGCAAUGUACAGCUUCAGGACUUAGGUGUGUUUUGGAAACUCAGUUGUCUCAAUAUCGGAAUAAUAAUUCAGCUUGAGAGUUUGAUCCAUAUGCACUCUGUAGUAAAAUCAAUCUAUUAUGUUUG